UGUUUGUUUACUUUAUGAAGCAAUGAACUCCGAGUUUCAGAGUUUUUUUAGAGAAACUAAGUUCAAUUAUUUUUUUAUUUCUCGCAUGCGUAACAUUUAAUAAUUUCUAACUAACGAAAGGCUCCUCGUGUAAGUGAAACAGUAAAUGUCAUAAGUCUCAAAUAGUCCUGUGAAUUUCCCGUGCAUGACUUGAAACUGUAUGCGCGAAAUCCAAUGGCCGGCCGUGAGCAGCAGAUGAGCACAGACCUUAAUUUUGUCAGUCUAUCCUUAUUUCUGGACGGUUCGCUUUUUAAAUGAUCGAUCAUCUUGGGUCGCUGCCGUCGAUGAAGAAUUGAUUUUCUGUUCAGUAAUCAUGGAAACUGCCAACCUAUUGCCAACUGAGCCCACUUUAUUGAUCGAAAGCCACGAAUUACCUUGUUUGAUUUGUAACUCUGGAACAUCAAUUCAGAACAGCUACAGUAUUUUUUAUACGGUUUUACCCAACAAGGGAACUUUGCUGUGCAACAGUAUACAAAAAGUGAUAAAACGCGCAAUAGAUCCAGAUGUCAUCAGGAGCACUGUCCUUUGUAGCAGAUGCUUCUCAUUGUUCGAUGAAUUAGAGGUUUGUGAAGAUAGAUGUUUUCAGCUCCGCCAAAAUAUUAUAUCAUGGUUCAAUACAUCUUGCCAAAUUUAUGGUGAUGUAAAUUCAUUCGUCACAGAUGGAGUUGCCUGUCAGACAGAUCCCAUUACAAGCGACAUUGUAGAUAUACCUGUUCAAACCCUUCCAAACCCACCUCCAGGAUGCAAUCCCAUUCCACCAUCUCGAUCAACUGAAGUUGCUGUGUAUGAGUCAUUCAAUGUUGAAAAUUCGAACUCAUCAAUCCUAUCCAACAAUGACGCGAGUAGCCCAAAAGAAUACGGAAAUGAGGAAUUUGUGGAAGACCCAAAAAACGUCAAGCAAUCGGAAAUGAUCGUGCCUGUAACGAAAGAAGCAAUGCGCCGUCUUCGGCGGUAUCGGCACCAGUGUCAUCACUGUAACCGCAUGUUCAGACGCCCAAGCGAACUUAAAAAACAUGUAGCUACACACACAGAUUCUAAACCAUUUACUUGUGGCAAAUGCCACAGAAAGUUUGCCUCAAAACAAGGCAUAAUUAUUCAUUUAUCAAGAACCCAUAAUAUUGAAGCCUCGGAGGAUUCUUCUGCAAUUGAAGCAUUGAGUGACUCGCAGAGAGAUGAAUCUGGGAAGAAUCCUGAAGAUUUUGUUCUAGCUGUUAUUGGUGAAAACUCCAUAGCCACCAAAUCUUUGAAUGCAAAUGAAUUUGAUGGCAAUGACGACUCAUCUGACCUCCUCAAUUCAACUGCUGAUGAUUACGAUGGUGAUUUCGAAUGGGAAGAAGGAUUUUCCGCCAAAGCUUCAGAGCCUCAGCUGGAGCUUGAACCUGCUCCAAAUCACUUAUCAGAAUCUGAUCCCGAGUAUCAGCCUCCUGCAAUAAGGAGUGAGAAAAGGGGCCGUAAACCCAAAAGCAAAACCCCAAGUGAUGAGAAAGCCACAGGAGGAGAGGGCUCCACUGAAGAAAAUAACGAAGAGGGAGACAAGAAAGACAAAACGAAACGAAUACGAAAAAGGGGAAACCGCACCAGUGAAAGAUACACAAUGCCAGCUAUACACGAGUGUGAUCAGUGCGGUAAAAAAUGGAGAACUAUCUCGGAACUGAAAUCGCACAUAGCAUCCCAUAGCUCUCUCAGGCCAUACGUUUGUGAGAUAUGUGGUCAAGCAUACAAAAUGCGAAAAGCACUGGAUGUGCAUGUUGGCAUGCACAACGGUAUUCAUCCUUAUACUUGUCAUAUCUGUAAUAAGUCUUUCACUCAAAAAGUUGGCCUUCAGAAACACUUGCCCAUUCACACCGGCUACACUAGAUUCCAGUGUGAUUUAUGCGGGAAAAGGUUUAUUCAUCACAAGAGCUUCAACAUACACAAAAUGACUCACACCGGAGAAAAAACUAUCAAAUGUUCCAUCUGUGGUUUAGCUGUGUUAUCCCAAUCUCAUCUCAAAAGACAUUACCGCGUUCAUACCGGUGAGAGGCCAUAUGCAUGUGAAAUAUGUGGCAAACGAUUUGCUGAAAAGUAUAACCUCAACGCACACGGAAGAGUUCACGAUCCGGAGUCCUCAGUGGACAGUUCUCGUAAAAAAGUGCAUCGUUGCCAGUUAUGUGGUGUUUGCUAUGAUCGAAAGCAUAAGCUAGAAGAUCAUUUAGCCACUGCUCAUAACAAACUGAGUGAUGAUAGACCAGCAUCUACGGUUGUGUUGAGUGAUCUUCAAGCUCUAAAUUAUUUUAAUCGAGCUUUUACAAGUUAAAAAAGGCCUCCAAAGAAAUGACAUCAUUUUCUGCGACCAGUCCAUGAAAUUUUACCUCAUCAUGAAAACUCUGAAUCAUGCAGAAGGUAAUGCUGGUUAAUUUUAAGCCAAAAUUGUACGUAUGAGUAGCCAUAGUAUUCAGAACAUUUUCAGAGAGUCUAAUCAUGUUUUCUCUGUUAAAAAAGAAAAGAAAAAAUGCCUGCUGGAAGGACUCCGACCAGGUAGUUGGAAUACUCCUUGUAUACGUUUGGACAUGGAAAAUUGAGACCAGCUUUAUCAAGGGUUGAAAAUCUGUAUUGAGAACCGUUUGGAAAAGACGGUACACAAUAUCAAGAAAUCCGGCGUUGUCUAAAUUUCGAUAUUAUUGGAUACUAGGGGGGCCCAACCCCUGGGGCACUGCGCGCCCCCAAAGGCCGCCUCACUGCCAGCAAAAUCGUCGAAUUCGCCCGUUGGAGAUUUAUGAGCAAAUAAUGUUAAUUGAACAACAAAACAAUGUCUCAAAGAGAGAUCUCAAGCCAAACAAUAUUCUUAAUGACUUUCUCCUCACUCUGAAUUUUGAUUCCUCUUUCGGAAGUCGACCUUGACAAGGCCCCAUAUAGAGCUGUCCAUGACUAAACAAAGCCUAUGAAAGUAAAGGCCCACUCUAUUAAAACUCUGACCUUUGAUCUCUUCCUCACUCCUGCCCCUCGACCGUCUUACUCCCCUUCCUCACCCCGUCCAUCGAGCCUCUUAAAAAUGAUUUUAUUAGAAUAGAGAGGAUGAUGUUCUCUAUACCCUCCUGAGCUUGAUGAGCUUUUAAAAUCGAACUUUCUAUAUGCCAAGCGCAGGAAAAAUGGGGCUGAAUAGUGCAUUUUUUACAUUUGUACCUGCAGUAUUUAGUAGAAAGGUUUCGAUAUCUAAUCAGUAAUCAAGGAGAGCUUUUGUUUCCUUGCUGGGGGGGAAGAUGAGUGUGCAGUGCAGCGUAUUAUCAGGCAUAAUCACAGUCCCACAUCUUCAUAAGGAAGAAGCUGAAAAGCCACAAAGGUUGAAAAAUCCACUUUUCAGCCUCAAUUUUCUUGAGAUGGGCAAGUAGGAAGUUAGAUUUUAAAAGCUCAUUAUGCUCAGAAGGUCAUACGGAACAUCUUGUCCAAUAAUAUAGAAAUUUAGACGGUGUUGAAUUUGUUGUAUUGUGUACAUAGUACUUAUAAUUGUGGAAAAGAACUUUUCUUUAUCUAGUCAUUUUAAAUUGGUUUGUAUGAAGUUUUAUUGGCUAAGAGUAUGUAUGUAUAUACGUAUAUAUGUAGUAAAUUUCAGUUUGUAUUGUUCGAUGAAGUAUAUUCGUCGCUGAUUCUGUCAUGUUGCAAUCAUUGUUGUUUUUUUUUGAGCUAGUACUUUUAUAUCUUUGAACUUUGUUAUGACAGGGAAGAAAAUUUAAGAAAAAAUCAGUUCUCCUAGAUUUAUGGAGCCUUUAUUUUUUUUUUAAAUUUUUUCUCUUUUUCCUUCUGUGAUUAAUGGCAAUGCCGUAACGAUAUUGUCAAUUUUUGGGAUAGUAUGCUGAAAGAGUAACCUUUGAUGGAAAAAUCCUCACCUCUGGUCAUUAGACCAGCUCUUUUCAUUAUCUCAGUUUGACACUUUUGUAUCAAAAAAAUCUUUUUGCUACGGACUGAUUUGGUGGCUAUGUCAUGGUUACACAUCGCAGUUUUGGGAUUCAGAUGUUAAUAUACUUGUGACCAUGUCAAAUCGACGCCAUAAUGGUAAAAUGCGUCCAGGUGUCUCUCGCAAUCAAAAUGUCCUGUGUUCAGUGAGUCAUUAAUUGAUUUAUGACUCGUUGGUGACAAAACUGCAAUGAGUUAACACAGUUAAUUCAAGCAAAAUUCAGGAGUGAGGUUAUGUUCUGUUGUUUUGGUUUGAACCAAUCAAUUGGUCAAAUAUUGCGAGAAUGACGUCAUCACUAAAUCAGCCCAUGAGGACCUUAUGUUGAUCAUAGGAUGCUUGAUUCUUAAAACUUAUAAUACACUGAGUUUUAUCUUGAUCGUUGUUAUUUCUACAUUUUUUGUUGUAUUCUUUAGCAUUCUCAUUCACUUGUUAGUUGAUCUAACUUAUUAUACAUCUCCUUCAUCGAUUGUUAAUUCAAGCACUGCUUCUAAACAUAAAACAAGAUUUCUACCUGUUUUUACGAUUGGGAGUAAGCUUCUCACCAACACUACUCCCAAUCACUCAGUAAUGAGAUGUCAGCACUGCUGCAAUUGUUAGUUUUAUAUUUUGUUAGAAAUCUAUUUUCAUGUGUAAUAUUGUAUAUAUUAUCAUGGUCUGAGUAAAAAACGUUUAUUUUUCAGACAAA